AUGGAGGAGUAUAUCAAUGACGCUCUCAACAGUGGGUUCAUCCGGCCAUCUACGUCACCGGCAGGGGCUGGUUUCUUCUUUGUGGGAAAGAAGGAUGGUGGGCUUCGGCCAUGUAUUGACUACCGGGGCCUUAAUCGCAUCACGGUCAAGAACCGCUACCCUCUCCCAUUAAUGACCAUGGCCUUUGAACUCCUUCAAGGGGCGGCCAUCUUCACUAAAUUGGCCCUUCGGAACGCCUACCACCUUGUCCGAAUACGAGAAGGGGAUGAGUGGAAGACGGCCUUCAAUACUCCCAAGGGGCACUACGAGUAUCAGGUAAUGCCCUUUGGGCUAGUCAAAGCUCCCGCGGUGUUCCAGGCGCCUAUUAAUGAUGUGCUACGAGAGAUGUUAGACAAGUUCGUAUAUGUAUAUCUUGAUGACAUCCUAAUCUUCUCUCGCUGCUACCAAGAGCACGUCCAACUUGUCCGAAGCUUACUCUCCCAGCUAUUGAGGAACGAUCUUUUUGUCAAGCUGGAGAAAAGCUAA